AUGCAUACCGUACCGACACUUUUGGUUCCACCGCGAGUCAAAAUUGUCGAAGUUGGGCCCCGAGACGGCUUACAGAACGAACCCGUCAGCGUCUCCACGGAGGACAAAAUUAAACUCGUACAAAAGCUGGCUCAGGCGGGCUGUCGCUACAUCGAAGCUGGAAGUUUCGUCUCACCAAAAUGGGUUCCCAGCAUGGCGAAUUCAUUUCAAACAAUGACUAAGUUAAGAGAAUGGAAAGAGAAGCAAGGGCCAGAAUACGAGCCACUGGUCUUGUCUUGUCUCGUGCCUAAUCUCGCAGGCCUUCACCAAGCGAUUCAGGUAAAGGCUGGAGAGAUUGCCGUAUUUGGAUCUGCGAGUGAGACUUUUUCCAACAAGAACAUAAACUGCAGUAUUGACGAGUCACUGGAGCGCUUCGCGCUGGUCGUUGCCGAGGCCAACACCGCUAGAAUUCCCGUGCGAGCCUACUUGUCCUGUGUCAUUGGUUGUCCUUACCAAGGAAGGAUCCCACCAUUAGCCGUAGCCCAGAUGGCGGAAAAAUUAUUAGCUUUGGGCUGUCACGAAUUGUCGUUGGGUGAUACGAUUGGGGUCGGGACACCCACAACCACAAUCGCGCUGUUGAAGGAACUGCAACACGUCCUGGGGAACGACGUAGACAAACUAGCCGUUCAUUUUCACGACACACAUGGUCAAGCUUUGGCUAACAUUUUGGUAUCCUUGGAAAGUGGGAUCGCGACGGUCGAUGCUUCCGUUGCGGGGCUUGGAGGUUGUCCGUAUGCCCCUGGAGCGUCGGGCAACGUGGCGACCGAAGAUGUUGUCUACAUGCUGAAUGGUUUGGGUGUUGAGACGGGGAUUGAUCUUGACAAGCUUGUAGAGGCUGGUGACUUCAUUUGCGAGGUUUUGGACCGCCCUUCCAGAUCUAGGGCAGGGACAGCCAUUUCUGCCAUACAGAAGCGGAAAGCACCGUAG